GUCGUCAAAUGACACAACGCGCGAGACAUCCUGCGUCCCUUCGAGCGGGACUUUGAUUGCUACCAGCCGCCCUAACUAUAAGAUUUGUUAUUGUCUCCAAUAGUAAGUUUUGUUUACUGACAUGGCCUUUCAGGUUGAAGCGGAUUUCCCCCCUGGCCUGUCAUCUUUAAAUAAUGUUGACACCCUGCUCAGGUGUCCCAUUUGCUUCGACUUCCUCAACAUAACAAUGAUGACUAAAUGUUCUCACAACUUUUGCUCCUUGUGUAUCCGAAAAUUUCUGUCCUAUAAGCUGCAGUGUCCUCUUUGCAAUACAGCAGCAACAGAACAAGAUCUAAGGAACAACCGUUUGUUGGAUGAUUUAGUUGUAAACUUUCGAGCUGCAAGGCAGCAGUUGUCAAAGGCAAAUUUUGACUCUCCUCCAAUAUCCCCAAAGACUCCAGCUUCAGCUGUCAAAUGCAAAACUCCCAGAGAGAAAGGCCAGAAGUGUAAGAGCACCGUUUUGAGUCACUUUUUCCAAAAGAGGCCAAAGACAUCUCCCUCGAAAGAAACCCGUCGAGAAAGUUCUGCUGCUCAUUGUACUCAGCAGGGAUCGCGGACUGCACGCACUUCCAAUGUAAUCAGCGCUGAUCUGCAUUCAGCUACUGCUCAACCUCCAGUGUGUGUGAAGGAAGAACCGAUUGAUGCGGAGGAGGGAUCUAUGCAGACGUUCAUGUCAAUCAAACAGGAGGACACAUGCUCAUACUUUAUAAACACAGGAGCGGAGAUGGCACAUUCCUCUUCACCAUUCAAAGAUGUAAAGCCUGUAAUCAAAGUGGAGUGUCCUGUGUGUUCUGUGAGCGUGCCGCAGCAGUUCAUCAACAAGCAUCUGGACACGUGUCUGAGCAGAGGAGAGAAGAAGGAGAGCUUGAGGAGUUCCAUUGGUGGGACAAGGCGCCCGAUGGGGAAGGCGGUGUACAACCUGCUGUCCCUGCAGGAGCUGAAGAGGAGGCUGAGGGAGUGCCACCUCUCCAUGCAGGGCUCACGGGACCAGAUGAUCAAAAGACACCGGGAGUUCGUCCAAAUCUACAACGCUCAGUGUGAUUCCUUAAACCCAAAAUCAGCUGAAGAUAUUGCCAAAGAGGUGGAGGCCAAUGAGAAGAUCAAGAAUCAGCUGCAGGGGAAAGCCAAACCUGUCCUGGUUUUCUCAAAGAAGCAGUCUGAGGAGGAGAUAGAGGAAGUGCAUUCUAACUAUCGGAAGCAGCACAGCAGUGACUUUUCCCGUCUGAUUGCUCAGGUCCGAGGUCGCCUAGAGACCAGCAGACAGACCCGCAUCAAACAGGAAGCCGUUGCAGAUGGAGGGGACAAACAUAAACCACACUCUGCAGUUCAAUUUCGGACAUCUUUGGUCCAGAGCCUACCAGAAACCCUGAAGACGCAGAGACGACCUCAGCCCAGAAGCGAUCGUCCAGCUCAAGAAGAGAAGAUUCCGCUUCGCCACCUAUUCUUGGGAAACGUAGGCGAAAAACAUAAGGAAGGGAGAACAUCUCUCAAAUGGCAGAAUCAGGACCAAUACAUGUCUGAACUGACUGUGAAGCAUACCAUGAAGUCAGUGGAUGCACAUUCCCACCAAGGAUUUCAUAGAUUUUCUGAAGUUGCACGUGUAAAUAAAAGUUUGUUAUUUUAACUUGUUUUGUAGUUUUGUAGUCCAUGAUAAGAUGAUCACCCAGAAUUCACCUGGAGGUCAUAGUAUUAAGAUGACUCUGGUUUCGAUACUUGAAUUUAUUGAAACACUUCUUCGUAUGGUUAGGAUUUAGCUGCUGUGUUUAAAGUAGAUGAUUUAUUGGAGGCAGUGUGCCUAAGUUUUGUUCUUCUGCUCGGAAUUUGAUCCAAUUUGUUGUUUUUUAUGUUCUAUUUCUUUCUAAACAACUUUCAGUCUUUUUAUUCUUAUUGUAAAAGUCAAAGUGUAAUAUGCAGUAUAAAUUGAAAUAAAUGUGCAGUAUUUUUUUAAAUGAA